AUUUUUUUAAGGAGAAAGAGAAAAGAAAACCAAAGUAAAAGAGGAAGAAGAAGAGAGAAGGGCAAAGAAUGGAUGCAUUGACCACAGAUUUUGAUGACUUUGAGAACUCCGAAACAGACUGGUUCUGAGAGUUUACAUGAUCUCUUCUUCCAUUAAUUUUUAUGGAUUAAUGAACUUCUUCCCUGACCCUUCUUCUUCUUCUUCUUCUUCUUCUUCUCCUCCUCCUCCUCGUCCUUCUUCUCGCUUGGAAUUUGGGGCCAAAAACUGUGAAGAUAGAGAACAACCCACAUCAAGUUUGGACUUAAAUAAGACAGCAAGUCACGUGAAAGAAGUUCGUUGUUCUUGGAUAUUUCCUAUAAACCAAAGGUGGAGCCGUAUCUCCGUGAGAUUUUCGAUUCAAGCGUGAGAUAUUCAUUCAACUAGUAAACCCAACUGGGUGGUUGGUAGGGCACUUCUGGGAGAUCUGAGUGUUUGUUGUUGAAGAUGGCUGGUGCGAGAGAUCAAUUUGAGAUCAGGUUCCGGUUGACUGAUGGUUCAGAUAUCGGUCCAAAAAGCUUUUCUCCUGCCACAAGUAUUGCAACCUUGAAAGAGAGCAUUCUGUCUCAGUGGCCCAGUGAGAUGGAAAAUGGUCCAAAGACAGUGAAAGACGUGAAGCUAAUUAGUGCUGGAAAAAUUUUGGAGAACAACAGGACAGUGGCAGAGUGCAGGAGCCCUCUAUGUGAUGCCCCAGAUGCAGUUACAACUAUGCAUGUCGUUAUUCAGCCUCAUAAGGAGAGAGAGAAGAGAGUAGCAAGCGAACCACAGCAGAACAAAUGUGGUUGUGUCAUACUAUAAGUUGCUGUUCCAAGAACGGCUAUGAUAUUUCUUCUUUCGGUUUUAGAGCUUUUACAGCAUACACAGGUGCAGAAAAUGAACUGUUUGUUGAUGAAAAGGCCGAUGGCGUGAUGGGCAUUUAUCACAUGAUAUUCGUGUAUUUUCUCCUGGUUUUUGCCUUUCGAUGUCUACCGAUUUUUCAUCCAUCUGGUUUAUUUUCUCUUUUAUUUAGUUGAUUGGACUCUGCCAUAGAGCAGUUAUAUCGAAAUAGAUGUCUUUACUUAAAUCAUUUACAGAUUCUUAUCAUCUGGAUUUGUUUUGCAUUGUAUAAAAUCAUUUGAUAGUUUGGUUUA